AGUAGAUCUCACCAGGAAGGAGACUGUGGAUAAGGAGAACCCUCACUUGAAAAUGCAAGCAUUGUUCACUAUGGAUCCUGCUCCAGAUAAGUUUGUGGCAGAAGAUGCAGAAGGAGUCCCUAGAGAAAGGCUACUCUGGGCAGAUGCCAGUCCUGCCUCCAGCUGCAGUUGAAUCAAUUAUCAUUUGGGGAAGUAACACAUUUCAUCCUGAUCUUCCUCUAUCACCCUGAUCUGGCUGCCUGAUGAUUUUUAUGAUUAUCAAGUAUCUGCAUGAACUGCUGCCUGAGAGUCCAAAAGACAGGUGACUAACAGGUCAGCCUUCACCAUCACCCAAGAAGGAAAUUAACAAGAAAGACAAUCAUAGCUGAAAGAAAGAGAGAGGCUUUAUCCAAUAUACUGUCAAAGACAUUGAGAAUAGCCUUCGGCAGAAGGGAACUCCAGUGGAUUGCCCUGGAGGAUUUGUCUGAGGAUCUUCUAUGUAGGAAUCCUGCUCCAGAUACAUUCAAGUCUUCUGGAUGGUUGAUUGUGCUAAGUUUGCUUCUGGGCUACAGGAGCCUGAGAUUAUUACAUGAAAUAUCUGGGUCAUCUUCCUGUCUGAUCUUGUUUAUUAACUAAGGAGUACUGAUGCCCAAUGGCUGGGAACCAUCAGUGACAAAUGUAGGCCUGCACUUGUAACAACACAAGGAGGCCAGAAGAAGAAGGUAGGAGGUUUGAUCAUCUAAACAUGGUGCUUCCACCCCCAGACAAGCGACAUGUAUGUCUCACCACUAUUGUUAUCAUGACCAGCAUGGCAUUCAUGGAUGCAUAUCUUGUGGAGCAAAACCAAGGCCCCCGGAAGAUUGGUGUCUGCAUCAUCGUAUUGGUGGGAGACAUCUGCUUUCUGAUCGUGCUGCGCUAUGUAGCUGUCUGGGUGGGGGCUGAGGUGAAGACAGCCAAGCGUGGCUAUGCGAUGAUCCUUUGGUUCCUCUACAUCUUUGUGCUGGAAAUCAAACUGUAUUUUAUAUUCCAAAACUACAAGGCUGAUAAAAGGAACCUGGAGACUGUCGCCAGAAAGGCUCUGACCUUGCUUCUCUCCAUCUGUGUACCAGGGCUGUAUCUGGUGCUUGUGGCCUUGGAUAGCAUGGAAUAUAUACGCACCUUCCGGAAGAAAGAGGAUUUGCGAGGGCGUCUCUUCUGGGUGGCCUUAGACCUGCUGGAUAUUUUGGACAUCCAGGCCAAUUUGUGGGAGCCAAACAAGACUGGGUUACCCAUCUGGGCAGAAGGGCUCAUGUUCUUCUAUUGCUACAUUCUGCUCCUGAUCCUGCCUUGUGUUUCUCUCAGUGAGAUUAGCAUGCAAGGCGAGCACAUAGCUCCCCAAAAAAUGAUGCUCUACCCUGUCCUGAGCCUGGUGACCAUCAACAUUGUCACCAUAUUCAUCCGGGCAAUUAACAUGGUCCUGUUCCAAGACAGCAGGGUCUCCACCAUCUUUAUUGGCAAGAACAUCAUCGCCAUUGCCACCAAGGCCUGCACUUUCCUUGAGUACAAGAAGCAAGUGAAGGAAUUUCCACAAAAUGCUAUUGCACUUGAGUUGCAGCAGAACUCUGUGUCCCACAACCAAACUGUCCACAGUACCCAAGGCAUCUCUCAUGAGCAAUCUCCUACCCGGGAGAUCUUGGACACAUGAUGGGGCCCUUCUGAACUCCGCAUUUGCUCACGUUUUCUUGGGGGAGGGGGAGGGUUGGGGAUUCUGCUGUCAUUCCCAGCAUGGAGAGCAGCCCCUGGCACAAGAUGUGGAUCAAAUAACGGAACACCUCCUGCAUCUCAGAAGAGUGGGAAGAGCUGAGCAAGGUUCUUUGCCACUGCAGACAGUGCUCUAUCAAGUUUGAUCAAAUAUCCAUUUCUAUUUCUAUGAAUGCUUAAUCCAAAGAG